AUGUCAAAAUCGUCAAACUCAGAUAAUAAUAUCGAUAAAAUUUCCAAAGAUAAUCCAUCCGAUUCCGAUAAUCCUUUUAUUCGUUUUCGACACUUCGCCGAUGAGCAUCUCAGCUCAAUUCUUCAAGGAUUUAUUGGCCUACCAUCUGCAUUCGCAAAACCGCAAAGCAGUUCGCAAUGGUCCGUAUUUGAUGAGGAUCUAAGAAGAAGGGAUGAAUUACAAGUGAGGCAGAGGGAAUUGAAGGAAGCCGAGGAGAGAAGAAGUGGAAAUAUGACAACUUCGAACGAUGAAGUUCAAAUCCCUGUGAAGAAGUCCUCAAUAUCUCACAACGAAGUGGAUUUUCAUCAUCCUCCAUCGGACCGGAGAAUGAAUGUUUUCGGAUCUUAUGAUGUCCCACUCUAUUCCCCUCUACAUUCGCCAAUGAGUACCCCUUUCUCUGGUGAUCUUAGGCAUACUAUGGGUUCUUUUGCUGCUGUCAUGUUAUACCAAGCCGAUCCAAGCGAUAUCUCACUAGUGCCUUAUCUUUUUGGUUCGCCAUAUUCACCCCUAAGUUUGUCUCUUGGUCAAUCUAUGAUGCGCGAACUGGGAAUUACGAAAACUUCCGGGACGUCCGGGGCUAUUCCUCGAGACGACUUCCCUUAUUGUGAAGCAUUCGAAGACCUACUCCUCACUAGCCAAGGUAGAGAUACCGAAGUUCGAACUAGGUGCCCCAAGUCAGUCGCAACUGAAGCAUCCAGAAGUAUUAGCUCGAGUGUCGAAAAUCGUUUAGAUUGGAUCGAACGACUUCGAAGACUGGGUAUACUUCAUCUGCAUAAUUCAGACUUGGGCAAUACUUCAAACGAAUCUCGUUCGUCUAGACAGGAGGAUACGGCUCACAGUCAUGCUGUAGCUUCAUCCGUCUCCCGACCAUCGAGAAACGGCGCCGAGACCGAAGAACACAUGUACGAGAAUUUCUUGAACGAUGCAUCUACCACGCCUGAUAAAAUACUCACCACACUUGAGUCUACCCAUACUACCGUGGAAAAAUUAAUGAAGGGCAAGAAUAUGCCAUUUGAAGAUUCUCCUCGAGCAAGUCCCUCGGGUGUGAAAGAGGCCGACACAAGUGAGAAAGCAAUCUCAGAACCCACAGAAUCAAAACGAGAAGUAUCUUCACACUCAGCUAUCGAACACUUCACUGAUGAAGAUGGAAGUGUGGAAACAACAAUAUAUCUGUGGAAGAGGUUUGCCGAUGGAAGUGAAACGGAAACAUCAUCUAGUCAUACCGUCGACCAAGCAACCCGACAAUGCAACCUUUCUAGGACGGAACUCGAUUCUGAGGAGCAUAUGUCGUCGCAGCAGAAAGCAGGAACUCAUGAUCAGGAAAACGAGUCACAAACCAAGAAGAAUACAAAGUCAGGAUGGUUCUGGAAUUGA